AUGACUAAAUAUUUUAGGUUCAUAAGUAAAAUUCUUGGACUACGACAGCAGCGAGUUCCAUUUGAAGAAGAUGAGAACAAUGGUCUAAUGCUUGCAGACAAAUAUAUCCCUGAGGAAUUAAUUGGAGAAUUGUUGUGCUACGUGGACCACAAAUCGCUGCUAAACUGUCAACUGGUCUGCCGAAGGUGGAAAGAUCUGAUCCGCGAGUAUGUUUUCAGGAAGAAGGCUGAGAUGACGUUUGGCCAGUCGCUCCAGUGCUUGAGCAACUGUGAGGAUCCUUGGAAAAUCUACUACAAGAUUUGCAAGAAGAAUCCCUUCGAGCGAAACUUGCUGAAGAAUCAUUCAGGGCAAGAUGGAUUGAAGAAGCACUGGGUCAUCACGCGACAAGGUGGAGAUCACUGGAAAAUCGAGAGCCCGCCGGUCGGAGUCCCUCCUCUGCCAAAAGAUCCUGUAUUUGAAGGAAGUAACUCGUGCUUUGUCACUUCUUACAGCCAGUGCUCCAAAAGACAACUCAUUGAUCUUUUGGAUGAAGGAUUGUCUGAUGUUCUUUUGGAUACUUUCCAACCAACCAUUGAAGUCGGAGAGUGGUACAGCUGUCGCUGGGAUUGCCCAGCUAAAUAUGAUUGCAUUGUGUCAUUACUUGAUAAGAAUGACAAAGAAUUGGAUGUCUAUGUAUUUAGAGAUAACCUUGAAGAUGAUAAUGAUAAACAAAAUAAAUGGUUACAUUUCACUCAUGAGUUUAAGAACUACGGACCCGGUGUGAGAAAAAUAUUAUUCCAGCAUAGCGGUAAGGACAAUUUAUUCUGGGCUGGCCACUAUGGAAGCAAAAUGGCUGGAGCUUCUGUCAUAGUAAAAGUGGAACCAAAAACCGCCAGCGGUUCUCCCAGGAAACGAAAAUCUAGUAUAGAGUUAGACUAG